CUCCACCAAAGCGGUUCGUGUGUUUAUGAAUGGCAAAUACGCUCACAUCAUAUGCCACACAACAGUCCUAUACCGCUCGGAUCGGAAUAAUCAGCGAGAGCACAGAGAGAGCAACACACCGAGCUCGGGUGGUCAGCUAAAUAAUCGCUUAAACCGAUCCGUUCUACUUAUCGGAAAGUAUAUCACACUUCCUAUAUAGCGCUCUCCGCACAGCACAGUAAACAGGCCGAACAUUGCAAACUUUUCGAGCAGCUCGCAAAAGCAUAACUGCUCGAAAAUGGUAACUUCGCUCUCGUAUUUGGUGCUUCGCGGAUAGCAUACUUCCGUGGACCAAAGCAUACUCGGUGCUGCAGCAAACCGUGCGGAGUAACCGUUUAACCGUCAUUGCGUACGGAUCAACUGCCGGGUGUGCGUGACCUGUGUGUCUCACUAGCCGCAUCGACGUGUCGUCGCGUGUCACGUUGGUCCUGUACCCGUUGUUUUUGCGAUGGUGUUGGUGCUGGUAGCGUUUAUUGUGUGCCACGGUGCGAAGAUAAUGCUGCAGUUUGGUGCGUGAUUUUUUUUUCUGUUGGUUCGUGUGUUGUCUUUCCCUUGUUUGGCUUAUGCUAGAUGAAGUUUGGUGGAUCGUUUAUGGUGUGAAUGAUAAUUCCGGCGGCUAGAAAUACUGGUUGUAAACGGCCCUUUCCAACGACUAUGAGGAUUAAAAGUGGAUUCUCCACGAGAGAUUGCUCCUACACUGCAGUAAGUGGUAGUUUUGGGCAGAUUGUAUGGGUGUCACUUGAUGUGCGAUAGUUAAUAAACUUGCCCAAUUACUUUGAGCUUUGAAGUAGGUCUAUAUAAAAUAAUCAUCCUUAAGGAAGAUUGUGACAAUCAGAAGUGUUGUUUAAACAUUAUUUCAAUAUUUACCACAACCGUGACAGUGUUUAGAAAACGAUUUGUGAAAUAAAAGCACCCCCAAAAAGUUACACAAAUAACGAGUGAAAUAAAUCAUGCAAAUUGCAGGCAAAUUUGCCGAUAAAACGCUUCCCAUGCAGUGCGCCUAUCUGUGACCACGCAGAUAAUGCAGACAAGUUUGUUGUUGAACUGCAUUUAAUCAACCAUUUGGCCGAGUGAAGCUUCCAUGCAACCGCGGAUAGUAGCGUAGAUCAACCAAAGGAUGGUGCAAUGAGUAAACAACAGCGGUAGAAACAAAAAAAUAAAGCAAACCCUGCACCAAAGGUGGAAAUGCGACGAUAGGGAACACAAACCCAUCCAAACCGUACCACGUGUGCACUGCUGCGUGUGUUUGUGUGUGUGUGUCUGUAUGUAUGUUUUGCAUUGCAAAAGAACAACGGCAAGAGCGAGAGCGAAACGAGUAGAGAUUGGGGCGGAAAAGGGCACCCAAAACAAAACUCGCGUGUGAGCGAAAAAGGCGUAUAGCGUAGAAUAACCCGUACAACCGUACCACAGCAAGGCACGAAUGGCACGAAUAGCGGACGACAGUGACUUCGAAGCGCUGAAACGACUGGUCGACAAUCACGACGGUUGGACGCUGGAGCUGUCCAAAUCCGACACGGAGGUUUACACGCGGCCAGUGCCCGGCUGCAACUUCAAUAUGGUAAAGAUUCACACCGAGUUUGCCGACGUCACCGCCGACAUCGUGUUCGAUGUGCUGCACGAUCCGGACUAUCGGAAGGUUUGGGAUUCGCAUAUGCUCGCCAGCGAGGAAAUCGGCAUACUGAACGUCAACAAUGACGUCGGUUACUACGCAAUGUCCUGUCCACCUCCGCUCAAGCCACGAGAUUUUGUCCUGCAACGAUCCUGGCUCGAUACUGGACCGCAAGGCGAACAGAUGCUCCUAUCCCGUUCGGUACCCCACAAAAACUAUCCACCUAAGAAGGGUUACGUACGGGCAAUGUCGUACAUUACCGGUUUCGUACUGCGAACGAAUAAAAACUCAAAGACUGGCUGUAUACUUAAGUACGUAGCGCACUGUGACCCGCAGGGUACGCUACCGCCCUGGCUGGUGAACAAGGUAACGCACACGCUCGGACCGCGCAUGGUGAAGGACCUUAAGAAGGCGGCCCUAGGGUAUGCAGGCUGGAAACAAACGCAACCGCAUCUGCGAAAACCGUGGCGCUUUCCGGAAGAGAUCCGUUGCCCAAGGAUAUCUAUCGAGGAUUGUCUUGAUACGGUCACAGUUCCACUAGCACUACCACCAGCAACAGGGUCACCGAAAACCGUUCAACAACAGCAACAAACUACGACACAACCCCAACAGCAAACUCCAACCCAACGGAAGCUACCCCAGCUGAAAACGCAAACGAAUGGUCGCGUGUUGCCGAUACUGCACAAAAAGGCUCAAUCGACACCGGCGUCACCGGUCGUGGAAGAAGCGAAAUUUCUCAAGCGUGACGACCUGAAGGAAAAACUCGACGAAAAGCGCAAGGACGAGAAGAAAAAGCAAAAGGAUUCCAAAGAGGCCAAAGCCAAGGAUGGGAAGGAAAGCUUAAAAAGCACCAAGGAGCUAGAAAAGGAAGCAAAGGCAGCGGCGAAGGAAAGCAAAAAGCUUAGCAAGGCAGCGGCAAAGGAAGCGGCAGCCGCAGAAAGUGCGGUCGCGAAAAAGGAGAAAAAGGAGAAAGGUCUCACCAAGCGGAGGUCUUUGUUGAAUUUGAAGUUUUAGUUAGCUGUAGGGAAAAGGUUGACAACGAGAAAGCAGUAGGAGAGAAGCAUGCCAGAAGCGAUAAAACUGGAUUAGCUUAACUGGGGGUACAUACAGGGUGUUGAUUGAGACUUUAUCAGUAUUAUGCAUCGAAGAAGAAUCGUAUAAAAAGGCACAAUCAAUUCAUGCUCGAAUCGAACCCUGCCUUCGCAAGGAGAAGGGACAAUUGGAACAAAAUACAAUAAUGGGACGAUACGAAAACAAAGAUAAGUUUUAAACGCUCGUAAACCAAAAAUACACAGUUACGAUUUUUACUGCAGCCUAUAGAGUUAUACCAAUCAAAAUGUUGUACAGACACACUCCCGGUAACUGGUAGGGACAGUGGAACCCAACGUCGGUUGUAACUUCACCUUAGCGUUGUACAGUAACGCAUCGAAUCGCACCCAAUUCCAGGGUUAUCUGUCACACUUUAUGGCAUCUGUUAGGUUAAAAAAAUUGUUGAUCGGCUGCAAACAUACGCACUAAAAAUUAAUAUAUUUUAUCAGCAUAAUACUCAUCAAAUUAUUGGUACGAACAAUUACAAUUUUUAGUACAACAGUUGCCUUCAGUCAUUAGCUUUCGAACUUUGAAGUCAAUUCUUGGCAACGAUUAUGUAUUAGGCGGCUCAUACAGAUUAUGGUUAUUAUAUUAUUUUUCGCAAAACCUCAUUCAAUUUAUCUUUAUGAUGUGUAAAUAAGCAUUAAAAACCAAUACGAACCGUGAACAAUAUCUUGAUUGCUCCCUAGGAGUGUGUUGAAUGUAAAUGUGUUUGUUAGACCGUUAGGAUAGUAAGUAAAACUGUACAUCAUGUUUGAAAAUGAACCACAAACGAACAAAACCAAACAGCCAUCGGAAACAAAGUGAUAACAUACUUAGAACAGCCUAGCUAACCGUUACUACAGUGCAACGGUUACAUUGUGCUAAAAACUGUACUAAAACUAACCUGUACGUUCGGAGUGAGAUCGUAUAACUAAAUAUGCUGUUUUCUCACGUUUGCAUAAAACGGCAACGAUAAGAGUUAAGCCUGUCGGUGCAUUAAAAUAAAAUCUUUGAUCUCUAUUCUAAGAAGAUCAGUUAGAUAGAUCACACAACAAAAAAAGGAACGCGAACGACAAUUAGAAUGUAAGACUAUUCUUAACGCUAUCGCAUCAAAUUACUACUACUAUUACAAUAAUUGUAAACUCUCCACCCCCUUUCCUGUGGCCUUUCCUCCUUUCUUCUUUAAGCUGUGUAAAAUAUUCACUAAAAACACAUACAAAACGUCAGACUUAUAGACAUGUAAGCAUGGGGACGAUAAGAGACGAACCUUUUAGGUAGGAGCUAACAAAUAUGAGUAGAAAUGGAAAUGAAAGUUUUUUUUCCCGAAAAACGAACCAAUUACUGUCGCGUUGUGAUUAGUAUGGAACGAAAACGAUUUAAAAAAAACACGAAAAACAAAAUGUCCGUUUGGUUGAAAUGAUGAUAGUGUUGCGGUAGUGCGUAUAUUCUCUACUAAGGUAAAAAAAAAAUAUCCUAACGCAACAGGAAAGCGAUCUCUGUGCGAUCUUAGCGCAACGGUAUCAAUCAUCAAUAUCGAGUAGAUGUCGUGGCAACAAAGUGGCAACGCAUCAACACACAUUGUUGUAGUACAGUUGAGUCCUUUUUCUAACAACUCUCGAUCACUUUCCGAUCAAUGGUUUUUAUUUGUACGAACGUUGUAAGUGUAUGUUGUGUGUGUCUGUUGGUAUGUAUAGUAAUGUACUUUUUGCGUGUGAGUUUAGGUAUAUGCCACUAGUGACGUUGAUUAGCAGCAGGACUGAUAAUAGUUGUGUGCAUAAAGGAAAAUGUUAAAAGGUGGUUCGGUGCGGUAAGCACUAACAGUUGGUAGUUGGAUUUGUGGGAAACAUUAAAGUUAAUCCGGGUGUGCGAAUGUGUGCUGUAAUUACGUUGAAGUUGUAGGUUGUUGAAAUAAAAUCAGUCAAAACCCGAUGGUGUUAAAUUGAA